GUAAGCGCUACAUUCCACUUGGUACCAGGGGAGAUGUCUGCUGUUGCCUUUUACAGCUGGAAAGAGGUUUACUUCCAGCGGCGGCGGUCCGUACGGGCCAGCCAGCCUGUGCCUUUGUCUGGGAUUUUUUUAUGGAUUAAAUUCAUGUUAGCCUGUAUGGCUAUACUGAACCGUUCCAGUCACUUUUGUUUAAUCUUAUCUACAAAGCCGCUCGCCGAGUCGACGCACAAGUGACUUCCUGAGCAGCACGGGGCAAGUCUUCUGCGAUCCGACUGCACAGACCCCAUAAUGUGUGAGCUCAGGGUGCUCUCAAUCAGCGAUGCGCCAUCUUCCUGAUACAGCUCGGACAAAGUCAGCCCAAC